ACUAUAUUUUCCAUGACAAUAGUUUACGACUCCAACGCCUUUCGUGUGGUGGUUGAUAUGUCAUAGCUAAAAAAGAAGGUUUUUGGAAAUAAGGUUUUAUUUAAUUCGUCACGGGAUUUUGAAGUGACAGAAAACUCUAAAUUUCAUAUAUAAAUUUUGUGGUUUAUUUCGUCUUUUGGCUAUGGCAGCUGGAAGUACAUUACAGAAAGCAAUUGAUCUGGUGACGAAAGCAACUGAAGAAGAUAAAAAUAAGAACUAUGAAGAAGCUCUGAGAUUAUAUGAACAUGGAGUAGAAUAUUUCCUUCACGCCAUCAAAUAUGAAGCCCAGGGCGAGAAGGCAAAAGAGAGCAUCCGGUCCAAGUGCAUACAGUACCUGGACAGAGCAGAGAAGUUAAAAGAGUACUUGAAGAAAGGCAAGACGAAGAAACCUGUGAAAGAGGGAGAAUCUAAGAGCGACGACAAGAAGAGCGACAGCGACUCUGACUCGGACGACCCGGAGAAGAAGAAGCUGCAGGCGAAGCUGGAGGGGGCCAUCGUGGUAGAGAAGCCUCAGGUGAAGUGGUCGGACGUGGCCGGGCUGGAGGGGGCCAAGGAGGCGCUGAAGGAGGCCGUCAUCCUGCCCAUCAAGUUCCCGCACCUCUUCACCGGCAAGCGGAUACCCUGGAAGGGGAUACUGCUUUUCGGGCCGCCCGGCACCGGCAAGUCGUUCCUGGCGAAGGCGGUGGCAACAGAGGCCAACAACUCGACCUUCUUCUCGGUGUCCUCCUCGGACCUGGUGUCCAAGUGGCUCGGCGAGUCGGAGAAGCUCGUCAGAAACCUGUUCGAGCUGGCGAGGCAGCACAAGCCCUCCAUAGUGUUCAUCGACGAGGUGGACUCCCUCUGCUCGUCCAGGUCCGAUAACGAGUCCGAGUCUGCCCGGCGGAUCAAGACCGAGUUCUUGGUGCAAAUGCAAGGCGUGGGCACGGACAACGAGGGAAUCCUGGUGCUGGGCGCCACCAACAUCCCGUGGGUGCUGGACGCCGCCAUCAGGAGGCGGUUUGAGAAGCGCAUCUACAUCCCGCUGCCCGAGGAGCACGCACGUCUCACCAUGUUCAAGUUGCACCUCGGCAGCACCCCGCACACACUCACCGAGGAGGACCUGAAGGUGCUCGCCCAGAAGACCAGCGGGUACUCGGGAGCGGAUAUAAGCAUCGUAGUUCGUGACGCGCUGAUGCAGCCCGUGCGCAAGGUCCAGACAGCCACACACUUCAAGCGAGUGCGCGGUCCGUCGCCCGUCAACCCGGACCAGAUCGUGGAUGAUCUGCUGACCCCGUGCAGUCCUGGGGUGCCUGGAGCCAUCGAGAUGACGUGGAUGGACGUGCCCAGUGACAAGUUGUUCGAGCCUCCUGUGUCGAUGAAUGACAUGCUGCGAUCGUUGUCGACAUCAAAACCCACCGUCAACGACGAGGAUAUGGUGAAGCUUGACAAAUUCAAGGAAGAUUUUGGUCAAGAAGGUUGAAUCUGUUGGCCAGGAAAACUGCAAGGUUGUAUAUCCUUGAAAGUGUUUUUGUAUGUUAUUUUGCCACUAUGCUGCAAUUAUUCUGUAACUCUAGGAAAUAGUUUUAUAACAAUUAUAUUUUAGCAUGUGCAGUGGUGUAUUAUUGCACAUGUUGGAGUAUGAAAGUUAUGAACUCUGAUUUGAUUUUGUUGAAAAAAAAAAUUAAUUUGAUACCCUGCACCAAAGUGAGCCUUUAGUUAAUGGAAAAAAAAAAGGGGGAGGGGGAGAUGGCAUUCUUAAAGCAUUUUGAAUGAGUCCAAGAAUUUUUGUAUUGUAAUGGGUCACACAUAGGCUUAAUUUUUUUGUUGCAUGUAUGAAGUGAAUAAUCACUACACCAAUACAUCUAAUCUUAAUGAUAUUGUAUGGAAAAAAAAAAAAACACUUCUGAUAAUAAUUAUUGUUCCAGGCCAAAGUUAAAUCAUUAAAGGUGUAUUUCAUGACUACUUGUAACUAACUUUGAAGGAUAUAAAAAUUUGACUUCAUGUUUCAGUAUUUUGAAGUGAUGAUAAUUAAAUGUAAAAAAUGUAAUCACUUCUGAUGAUGGAAAUUCUUUUCUUGUAUUUUGCAAAAAAUUUCACCAAAAUUAAGUUUUUUUUCUUCUUAAUUGUUAGACUAAUGUUUGGUAGAAAACAAAAGUGUAGUUGCUUAACUCUGUGGGAUUUGAUCAAAAUAUUAUAAGUACAAAGAAAUUUUAUUUAAAAGUUUGAUAAAAUCUGUAUAAAUUAUGAUGGUCUUCAAAUGAUAAAAUUUUAUGCACAGUACUAAAGUUAAUUUAAAAAAAAAAAACUCUUGGGUCUAUAAGUAUAUUGUGUGAAUUGCACAAGAGUAUUAAAGUAGUUUUACAGUAAAAGUUUUUUUUCUUCUUCAUAAAUUGAAAACUAAUAUGAACAUCAUGCAUGUCAGAACUUACUAAUGCAAGAAGUUUUGGCUUAUAAGAAAGCUUUGAUAAUUCUCAGUUGAUAAUUGAAAGUGAACCAUGAGUUGUUUUUCACCACAUAAUUGUACUUUUAAGGCAAAAAGAUUGUGUACAGACUGUUGAUUGCAUUGCUUUAAAGCUGACUCGGCAAAUGCUUGGGCUGCAAUGGAGAAUAGAUAUUUUUAAAGAAUUCUUACUGCAAGUGUUCUGAGGAUUUGUAAAUAUUGUGUAUUGUCAAUACAAAUUGCUUUGUUGCAAUUUUGCCAGCUACUUUAAAACAGUGUAUAGUAUUUGCAUAUUUAGUGUGCAUGUUUUAAACUAUGUAAAAUUAAAGUUACUUCUAAUUACUUUUUAAGUUUAUUUUGACAGAUGAUUUUUAAUUUAUAUUUAUAUAUAGCUGCUGUAAAAGUGUUAAUGUAUUAUGUAUGUUAUGUGAUUUGUCAUUAUGUAGUUCAAUUAUGUUAAUAUAUUUUGAUAAGUAAAUCAUUAUAAAAAUUUAGGUGAAGACAGACUUUUUUGUUUUGUAUUUUAUUAUUAUUCAUGAAUAGUUGAAAAUAAAACCUUCUCAUGUU